AUGAUCGCGUCCGCUUCGACGUUCGCGGGCGCCGCGGCCCCGCUGCGGGCGCAGAGCAGGCCCGCGCGGGCCACGCCCGCCCGCGGCAUGACCGUCGUGGCGCGCGCCAAGGAGCUGGGCUGCGGCAUCAUGGGCACCAAGGCUGGCAUGACCACCUGGUUCACCCCGGACGGCCUGGCGCUCCCGGCGACGGUGAUCGCCAUUGAGGAGGGCAACGUGGUCACGCAGGUGAAGACGGAGGAGACGGACGGAUACGCCGCGGUGCAGGUGUCGUACCAGCCGAUCAAGGAGAAGAACGUAAAGAAGCCCAACCUGGGCCACCUGAAGAAGGCCGGCGCGCCGCCGCUGCGCCGGGCCUGCGAGUUCAAGUUCGACGGCGUCGAGGAGUUCGAGCUCGGCCAGAAGCUGGAGGUGGCGGAGAUGUUCAAGGAGGGCGACCUGGUGGACAUCGCGGGCACGAGCAUCGGUAAGGGUUUCCAGGGUUCGAUCAAGCGCCACGGCAUGGCCCGCGGUCUGAUGACGCACGGCUCCAAGUCGCACCGGCAGCACGGGUCCAUCGGCGGCGGGCACGCGGGCGAGGGCGGCCGCGUGAUGCCGGGCCUGAAGAUGGCGGGGCAGAUGGGCAACACGCGCGUCAAGGUGAAGAAGCUCCAGGUGCUCGCGGUGGACACGGAGCUGGGCGCAAUGGUGGUCAAGGGCAGCGUGCCGGGCAAGGCCGGCAACGUGCUGGAGAUCGUGCCGGCGAAGACCGGGUAA